AUGCAAAGCGCUGAGACUGAGCGACAUCGGCUUGAGAGGCAUACGACACAGAGCGGCCUAACUUGUGAUGCCAUCAUCGGUCUUGCAGAUGGACUGACAGUACCCUUCGCAUUGACAGCUGGAUUAUCCUCAAUUGGAUCGAGCAAGCUUGUCAUUCUUGGUGGGAUGGCCGAACUGUUUGCCGGGUCCAUCAGUAUGGGACUGGGGGCUUAUCUAGCCACAAUCACUGAUGCCCAUCACUUUGAAGUAGAGGAAGCACACGAGCAGCGCCAAGAAAUAUCACCCAUCAUCGAAAGUUCCCGGAGAAAUCCACAGUCUUGGGUCAAAUGGGCUAUCUUACUUUAUAGGUUUGUAUAUCUCAACAGGUACAUAGGGGGACUUAUUCCCAUGGUACCUUACUUUACUACGAAGCAUAUCAACACUGCGCUGUUUGCUUCAAUCGGAGUCACAUGUGUCAUAUUGUGUAUAUUUGGUUAUGGGAAAACUAUAAUUACUGGGCUUAGCCGUCGCUCUGCCCUGUAUGGGUCACUAGAAACGCUUCUUGUAGGGGCUAUUGCUGCGGGCGCUAGCUAUGGUAUUGUAAAACUUGUAAAUACUAAUCUGGACUACACAUAA